CAGUUUACCGUUGACGCAUCUUCGCAAUAAAUAAUCUUUGUGCUCAGCUGAUUUGGAAAUAAACGAGUUACAAAACAUUGAAAACUAGGUACAGAGGAGCGUUUUGUCAACCUCAUAAUUUCAUGUAACUGAAUGUAGUCACCGGAACAUGUCAAUCAAUGGACCCUGCUACAACCACAGCUCCGAUGCAGAAUGAUUGUGAAGCAGAAACAAGUAGAAGGCCUGGUGGUGUACCUGGUCUAAUGAUGUUUGAGGUGGAAAUGUGAGACUGGCCGAUUUCUAUCUCCAUUCAAAGAGGAAGUGGUCAAGUUCAGUCUGGAGCUGGUGGCCUUCGUGGCGUCCAACCUCCAUGUCCCUUUUAAAGACUACAGAGUCCAAGAUUCUUGCAUGUAUUCAGAAUGACCUAUGGUCUCGGUUUGUAACCCUACCAAACCGCGAUCGAAUAUGGACUUUGACUCUUACCAACAAUGCGGUGCGCAAAUCUGCAGAAAAGGCGCCAAAGACGCCCCUGGUGAUGGUCCACGGCUUUGGAGGAGGGGUGGGCCUGUGGAUCAGGAACAUAGAUGCGCUGAGUCGGUCACGGCCUGUUUACGCCUUCGACCUCCUGGGCUUCGGCAGGAGCUCCAGGCCUCCCUUCCCCUCAGAUGCUGCCCAGGCAGAGGAGCAGUUUGUCAACUCUAUUGAGCAGUGGAGACAGUCUGUGGGCCUGGAGAACAUGAUUUUGCUGGGACACAGUCUGGGGGGGUACCUGGCUACCUCCUACGCCAUCCAGUAUCCUUCUAGAGUGUCACAUCUUAUCCUGGUGGACCCCUGGGGUUUCCCUGAGCGACCCCAGCCACAGACCCAAGAGGGUCAAGGUCAGGGGUCAGAGGUGGUGAAGAGGCCACCUCUUCCACGCUGGGUAAAAGUCAUUGCAGCAGUGGUUUCCCUCUUCAACCCACUGGCUGUCAUCAGAGCAGCAGGCCCAUGGGGUCCGGGCUUGGUGAACAGAUUCCGUCCUGAUUUCAAAAUGAAAUUCGAAGAACUGUUUGAUGAUGACACAAUGACGCAGUACAUCUACCACUGUAACGCGCAAACCCCGAGUGGUGAGGUGGGUUUCCGGGCCAUGACAGAGUCUCUGGGCUGGGCCAAGAGGCCCAUGCUGGAGCGUGUUCACCAGCUGCCCCCCUCCAUGCCCCUCACCAUGCUGUAUGGAGCACGCUCCUGGGUGGACAGCUCAUCUGGGGAGAGAGUGGUCCAGAUUAGGGACCAGGCCAACACAAAACUGCUGCUGAUAGAUGACGCUUCUCAUCACGUGUAUGCUGAUCAACCAGUGGAGUUCAACAAAGUGGUGGAAAAUAUAUGUAACUCUGUUAACUGACGGUGUGUGUGUUUAAGUAAAAGGACUGAAAGUGUGUAGACCUUUCAUGGUGGUUUCACCACUGUUUAGUUUUUUUUACAUGUGGAGCCUGAUGGAUGGAUUUUGUGUUGGGGCAUAUCAACACACCCUGUAGCUCAACAUGAGUUUUGAUUUGUACUUUUGUUCUGAAUCCUGCUCUCAUAGUAACAGGUUAUUGAUUUUUUUUUUUGUAGUAAAGUUCUCUUACUAUUUAUAAGCCGACAUGACAGUUUUUUUACGAUCGCUGACAAGCAUUUGCCUAUACAUAAGUUACUUUUUCUAAACGCAGUAACACACCUACGUCACACAACUAGUCUAAUAGUUCAUUUUUAAAACCACAUUUUGUUCAUGAAAUACAAACUACAUUUUAAAAUGUGUUAAGUGAUAGAAUUGCAGCAGUAAAAGCUUUAUUAGCAAAUUAAAUUGCUACCAUUGAUCAACAAAAAAUCCAACAUACAUGGCUUUUGGUUGCAAAUGUGUCAAAAUAAAAUGCACAAAUACAGUAAAGAAAAUCCAUCUAAUACCUUUAGCGCUAAAUGCUCUCAUCCACAUCGCAUCUUAGGUCAUCUCUCACUUUUCACCUUCGAUGAAAAGGCUUUGCAUGCCUUACCCACCCCUGUCUAAUUCACACUAUGUACAGUAAACGAGAUAUUUCUCAAUGUUUCAAUCAUCUUUUUAUUCAAAAAUGCUUAUCAGCUGUUUCAAUAUAGUUUUUCAGCCGCUAUAGUUGCAGAGGGAUUAUACUAUGUUAUAAGUUUUAACCAUGCAGUGUGUAAGCAUUUUACAUAAGAUGAGAAAGAUGCGUAAUUUUGGUUUUAGUUCAACUUGGAUGUAAAGAAACCUUAAGCAUUUUUAGAAAUGUGUCAAUUGACUGCAUACUGUGUGAAAACAACAUGAAUGUGUUGAUGGGAUGGUCCACAGAUGGAUGUUGUGCUUACUGUGUUUAGAGUUUCGAAAAUGUGCUUACAAAUGGGACAAAACAAACGUUAGCCAUUAUAAAAGAAUUGUAGUUGUUAGAAAAUGAUUUAUUUGUAUACAGAUUAAUAAUUGAACUACCUAAUUCAGUGCUAAAUUAUGUUGCCCGUUGUUGUACUUCUAAACAUUAAGUUAAACACACACAUCAUUCUGGAUGCACUGAGUUUAUUUGUUACGGAGCAGCCACAUGGCUACUUUGUGCCUGACGUGAACCACUAAGUACUGUAUGCGACUUGUCUUCCUUAAUCUUUGCUUUUCUCUUAUUUAUUUUCCAUCAAAUCAAACAGUUUGUAUUUUAUACCUUGAGAACAAUAAAAGCUUAUUUGACAAACUGCUA